ACGAAGUUAGUGCGCAGGCGUACUCCAGACAGCGGUGGAAGCUGUGUCGCUGGAAAGAAGGGAGAUAAUUUCCUUCAUCAUGGAGACUUUAUAUAGUAUUCCGUUUGCUGUGCUCGAAUGUCCGAAUAUCAAACUGAAGAAACCAUCAUGGCUUCACAUGCCGUCGGCUAUGACCGUGUAUGCGGUCGUCAUUGUGUCCUACUUUCUCAUCACAGGAGGUAUCAUCUAUGACGUUAUUGUUGAACCUCCAAGUGUUGGUUCAAUGACGGAUGAACAUGGACACCAGCGACCAGUUGCUUUCUUGGCAUACAGAGUUAAUGGGCAGUACAUUAUGGAAGGACUGGCCUCCAGUUUCCUCUUCACUAUGGGAGGCCUGGGCUUUAUAAUCCUGGACCGCUCCAAUGCACCAAACAUUCCCAAACUGAACCGCUUCCUGCUGCUUUUCAUCGGCUUUGUUAGCGUCCUCCUCAGCUUCUUCAUGGCCAGAGUCUUCAUGCGCAUGAAACUGCCAGGGUACCUUAUGGGCUAAGGACAUGGAGAAACAGAAAUUUCAAGAGUCACAGAAUCAGUCAUAAGUAAAGGUGAAUCUUAACAAAAUCUUAACCAAUAAGGACUGAAAGCACUGACUUUGCUCAAGAAAUGCAACCAGACCAACCCUCCUCACUCAAAAAAAUCUUGAGGCAUUAUCAGACCUCUGUAUUAGGCUAUGUGUAAAUGUUACUGGCUAUUCACAUUUGUUUGUAUGUUUGUCUGCUAACAUGCCAGAGAUAUAAAGUGUGGGGGAAAUGUUUAGGCAUCACUGGGGGAAAACUGUGGAAAGGAAGCUGAGUGUUGAUGGGAUCCUGCCACCAAUUUAAAUACAGAAUUAGAACUAUUGAGUUUAUUUUGUUGAGUGUCUGAAAGUGUUUGUCAGUUUUUGUAUAAAAAUAAACGAACAUGAUCAUGAAA